AUGGAACAACAGAAACAACAUGAUGCCAGAGAUGUUGGAAUGUCCAUUGAUUCAAAUAGUUCUGAUAGGGAAGAUGAAAAGGAUACAGUGGUGAUUGAAAGUAAUAAGCAAGAUGUUGAAAUGACUCAAGAUGCUAUUGAAACUCCAACUUCUAGUGCGAAAAACCCAAGUGAUGAUAUCGAAGCUACUCAACAAAAUGAAGACAGUGUAUCAAAUCAAGCUACUGCUAUGAAAAGCUAUGAUGUACCUGUUGAAGAUGCACCAACCCAGGUUAUUGAAACUCAAGAUACAGCUACAAAAGCUGGAGUUCAAAGAAGCUCAUCCAUUGAACUUACAUCUGAUUGGAAUGAUGCUAAUUCGAGUGAUCAUGAAUUCUUUGAUGCUCGUGCACAUGUUGAGCUAUCACCAGUUAAAGAAAGAGUUGAAGAAACCUCAGAAUUAUCAACCAGUGAUGAUGCAUUUUAUGAUAGCCAUGAAGACAUUUCAAUGUUGGGCUCUAAAGAAUUGGUUGAAUCUAUUAAUCAAGUUGUCGAAACUCAAGAAAUUCCAGAUUCUAAUGAAAUAAUCUUACCAAAUCAAGAAGAGGAAGAAUCAAAUGAUAAAUCUGAUGAUUUUAAUCAACUUUUGGUGGAAGAUAAAGAGAAUGAAAUUCCAAGUGAUUCAUUGGUUUUGUAUUCAAGUCCUUUGAAGAAUGUGAAGAGAAAAAUGAAUGCAUUCAAUGAAAGGGUGAAUGAAUUGGAUUCAUCGCCUAUUAAGCAAGCUGAUCAAACAAAUGUCCAAGAUACUGUUGAGAUUGAACAAGAUGAUAGUUCAUAUACUGAAAAUGUUGGUGUGUCCAAGGAGAUUACUGAUGAUCAACAUGUUGAUGAAUCACUAGAAGCUGAAAACGUAUCAGAAAGAGAACAUAUUGAGAGUACUCAGAAGGAUGUGGAACUAAAUAAAAUCAAUGAUGAAGCUCAAUUUGAUAAAGAAAAUGAAGCUGAAGGUGAGGUUCAAAAUGAUCAAGCAGAUGUAUCAAAUGAUGAGAUUGAAGAAAAGACUCAAAAGGAUCAAGAUGAUGAAAUUGAAGAUGGUAUUGAGCCACCAACUUUACCAGAUAAUUCUCAAGAUCAUGAUCAUCCAGAAGAUAUUUCAUCUGACGAAGAAGAUGAUGAAGAUGAUAUUGUUGAGAUUGAUGAUCGAGAAUUCACACAAAGUAUUAGGGAUUCAUCCUCUCCAAGAAAGAGACCUGAAUCUGCAAACAUUGAUCAUGAAGAAGAACAAACCCAUCAGCCUAACAAGAAACUACGCCUUGAAGAUAAUUCAGCUCUUGAUAUUUUGACACCACCCGAUUUCCCACCUAUGUUUGAUGGCUUCACAGAUGAACAAAUCAGUAAGAUGGAUGAUAAGGAAGUUUAUGAAAUGGAGAAUAAAUUACUUGCAUUUAUGAUGAGAAUGAGAAAUCGUACAAAUUAG